GUUUCGUACGUGUUUGUACCGGUCUGCAUCAGAACUGCUGUACGAGUUUAUGCCGCUGUCUUAAGGUCAGUGCAGGCGAGUCACCGGGAUUUAAGAGGUCCGUGUGGCGUGGGCGCAGCGUUUGAUCUCGCCGACCUGUCGGCGCUCGCUCCCUCCAGCCUCACGCGUCCUUGAAGGGUCCGGUUGCUAUAGCGAUCAGAAAGCGAACCUGUGAUUCUCCUCAAAGCGCUUUCCGUGUGUGGGAGAGUUGCAGAGGCGAUAGGGGCUGAGAGCUCGCUGAGAGAGUAAGAUGUCACCGCGCUAAAGUCCCGGCCUGUCGAGGCUACGGCUCCAGGGUUAUUUACAGUGACCCCGGAGCCACCGGACAAGCGGCACAGGGGAAGGAGCGACAUGGGCUCCGCGUCGUCAGCGUACCGGAUCAUUUACCUGGACGUGGACGGCAGGAUUCAGAAGGUGGUCUUCAGCCACUGCUGUAGCCCCUGUGAUAUCAAGGAGCUCUUUUGCACGGCUGUGGGGUUGCCCAGGAGUACAACCUUUUCGCUCCUGGACGCCAGUGGAGCCAUGGUCUCCAUUGACCCCACCAUGCCAAGCAACUCAGAGAGGUCACCAUACAAAGUGGUUCCACUUUCUGGAGGACAACUGCCUGAUAAGGAAGAACUCUUUCAGAAUGUACUGACACAGGUAGCGGAGCAGUUCUCCAGGGCGUUUAAGAUAAAUGAGCUGAAGGCUGAGGUGACGAACCGCUUGGCCAUGUUGGAGAAGAGAGUGGAGUUGGAGGGGAUAAAGGUGGUAGAAAUUGAGAAAUGUCGCAGUGACAUUAAAAAGCUGAGGGAGGAGAUGACCUCGAGGAACAGCAGCAGUUGUCUGGAUGACAAGAAGCUGACUCCUCACAGAGAUGUGCCUUCAUACCCAAAGUACCAUCUGUCCAAGGAGACCAUAGACACUUUGCGGCAGCCGAUCUUUGAUGUUUGGCAGUGGGAACCCAAUGAGAUGCUCAGUUGCCUGGAGCACAUGUAUCAUGACCUGGGGCUGGUUAGAGACUUCAACAUUAACCCCAUCACCCUGAAGAGAUGGCUUCUCUGUAUCCAUGACAACUACAGAAACAACCCUUUCCACAACUUCCGUCACUGUUUUUGUGUGGCACAGAUGAUGUACAGCAUGAUCUACCUCUGCAACCUCCAGGAAAAAUUCACACAGAUAGAUAUUCUGAUCCUUAUGACCGCAGCUGUGUGUCAUGACCUAGACCAUCCUGGAUACAACAAUACGUAUCAGAUAAAUGCACGGACUGAGUUGGCAGUGAGGUAUAAUGAUAUUUCCCCACUGGAGAACCACCAUUGUGCUGUAGCCUUUCAGAUUUUCUCUCAGCCAGACUGCAACAUCUUCUCCAACUUUGAUGCCGAGGCCUUCAAACAGAUCCGCCAGGGGACAAUCACUCUGAUACUAGCCACAGACAUGGCCCGGCAUGGAGAGAUUCUUGACUCCUUCAAGCAAAAACUGGAGACCUUUGACUUCACCAAUGAGGAACACGUCACCUGUCUAAAGAUGGUGCUCAUCAAGUGCUGUGACAUCUCCAACGAGGUGCGACCGAUGGAGGUGGCUGAGCCCUGGGUGGACUGUCUGCUGGAGGAGUACUUCAUGCAGAGUGACAGAGAGAAGGCGGAAGGCUUACCUGUAGCUCCCUUUAUGGACAGAGACAAGGUCACUAAGCCCACCGCUCAGAUUGGCUUCAUCAAGUUCGUCCUCAUCCCCAUGUUCGAGACAGUGAUGAAGUUGUUCCCACAGAUCGAAGAGGCUAUGCUCCAGCCACUUAGAGAAUCCCGGGACAGAUAUGAGGAACUCAAACAGAUCGACGAGGCCAUGAAUGAGAUUAUCCUGCCUCCUUUGCCCUACAGGUACAGAAAAAGAAGAGUGAGAAUCUCAGCAUGGGAGGCCAAAAGAAAUGAGGCUGGUGAGGCUGGACAUAUGGACCCAGUAGACUGAACAAUGGAAGGUACAGUGAAGAGCUGGCCAACGUUCCAGGCAAUCCAAAGUCUCUUUCAGGGAAUGUGAACCUUGUACAGCACAUACAUCAUCAACUGAUGCUGUUCUAUAGAUGUUAUUCUCUGCUUGCCUUGUUUUUGUUUAGUUUUGUACAAAUAUUAUUCAAGAUGUACAGAUUUUUAGAAAGCUUUG